AUUCCUUAUAGAUCGCACACCUUAACCCUGACCUCUUAGCUCCAGUGUUUCAAAAGAAGUGAAGGCAAGAUGAAGAAUCGUUUGCUUUUCUGGGGAGUCCUGGCCAUUUUUGUUAAAGCUGUUCUUGUGACAGCCCAAGACAAAGAUGAAAGGACCCUUCUUGUUGACAACAAGUGUAAGUGUGUCCGGAUUACUUCCAGGAUCAUCCCUUCUAAAGAAGAUCCUAGCCAGGAUAUUGUGGAAAGAAACAUCCGAAUUAUUGUUCCUCUGAACAACAGGGAGAAUAUCUCUGAUCCCACCUCGCCACUGAGAACCAAAUUUGUGUACCAUUUGUCUGACCUCUGUAAAAAAUGUGAUCCCGUAGAAGUGGAGCUGGACAAUCAGGUGGUUACUGCCACCCAGAGCAAUAUCUGUGAUGAAGACAGUGAGACCUGCUAUACUUACGACAGAAACAAGUGCUACACUAAUACGGUCCCACUGAUCUAUGGUGGUAAGACCAAAAUGGUGACAACGGCCCUGACACCGGAUUCCUGCUAUCGUGAUUAAUUUACGCCAUUGCUGACUGCACAGCUCCUUAUGUUGAAAGGCUCUCCAUUUCAAUCCAGAAAGCUAAUACGUUUACUACCAAGGAAAUAAAAUCAGGUUUUUGGAUAAUGUGAAACUACCUUUUCCCCAAAGUAAUUGACAUAGUAACAUUAUUCUUAUAUUUGUUGGUUAAUUCUUUCUUCAUAGUAUAUUCACACUUAUCAAGCUUGCCUGAAGGGGUACACUUCCUUAAAAAUGGAAUUUCUAUCAUUUAAAAAAACAGACAAGGGGAGAAAAUAAAACUCAAAGAGUGAAAAUAAGGCGACAUAAUUAAAUUUUGCCUUUUUUUUUUUUUUGGCUUUGACUUGGAGAGCCACCGCUUUUACACAUUCUUUUCUCUUUUAAAAUAGUAUUACUGUGUAGAGAAAAUUUAUGUAUAAAACAUAGAUUAGCCUAUGUCUUCAUUAGAAAGAUAAUAAUUGGAGAACAUAUUUGGAACUACUUAUAAAAAUAAUUUAAAAUAGGGGCUCUAAUAUUUAUGAAACUGAUCAGAAAUUGACAUCUUUAAAUGCAUAAUUGAAAAAUAUAUUUUGCUAUGACACAGACUGGGCAGCAGAUGAUACAGAUUUUUCUUUUUUUUUGAUAAAAAUUUCAUUUUGAUAAUCAGGCUAGUAUAAGAAAAACCAUCCAUGUUGUGACUGAAUCUAAUGAAAUCUGUAUUCCAAAAUAUGUAUUCUCUAGCACAGUUUGACCAAUUAAAUAGAUUCAUAAGCAUAUACCUGUGUGGAAUAGUUCAUUCGAAAAGAGUUUGUGUUAACUUUCUUGUAUGUAAGUUAAAAUAUAAUUUAUUAUUGGUGAACAGUUUGAAGUAUGUACAAGUAUAUAUAUGAGGUGCAUUUGUCAUUUUAGACCUAAAAUUAAAUAAAAAGGCAAGGCCCCUCCUGAUAAACACAGUAUCAAUCAUGGCAGGUAAAACUUUUUCUUGGCAGGACUCAAGUGCAGUUGAUAACACAUAUCUGUGGGCAGUAAAUGCUGACUCUGGAUUUAAAGUAGAGAGUAAAAGUUGGUUUCUUGAGGCAUUGUUCUAUGUUUUCUUUUUUUAAUGGUAAUAAUCAUUUUGAAUAACUUCCACUGUGUUUAUAUGGAUUAAUUCAGUGUUUCUUGAGGAAUAAUCAUAGGAUAUUCUGGGACUUUAGUAGGAAUCAUAACUUUGACAUACCAAGGAUACAUCCAUUCUUAAAUGGUCUUCAGUCUAGCGUGUGGUUUUGGCCAAGUCUUUGACUUCUACUUAAUCUGUAGACAUUCAUUGAAUUUUUACCAUGCACAAAGAACUAUGCUGGAUUCUUUAGUGAUUAAGUUGUCUCAUAAAAAAGUCACUAUCACACCUCACACCCUAUAACUCUGCUUAGUUGUCAUCUUCUCCGUGAGUUCUAUCCUGACCACUUAAAAAAAACUGCAAACCUCAUUUGCUUGUCUUGUUCCCCCCUCCCAAGUACCUAUCACCGUCUAGCAGACUAUAUAUUUUACUUAUUUAUUAUGUUUAUGAUCGGUCUUCCCCACAAGAAUGUAAGCUCCACAAGGGCAGAUGUCUUUCAGUCUACUAAUGUAUCCCCAGGACUGAGAACAGUGCCUGGCAUAUAACCAAACCAAUUGCUCUUGAGUUGAUUCUGACUCGUGGUAACCCCACUGUGCUCCACAGGAUUUUCAGUGGCUGAAAAUAGAAGUAGAUUGCCAGGCCUUUCUUCUGAGGCACCUGUGGGUAGACUCAAACCACUAACCUUUUGAUUGGGACCUGAGUAUAUUAACUGUUUGUACCACCCAGGGACUCUACCUGGCACAAAAAAAAGAAAAAAAAAAAUAGAGGCAUUAAAUAUUUGACCAAAUGAACAUGAGGAGACAGAUAUAUGUAUAAAUAAUUAUAAUUAUUUGGUAGAAUGUGUUAAAGGCCAAGAAAGUUACAAAGUGUUACAAGAAUUUAUGAGAGGCUGCUUCUGAACAGAACCCUCUCUCUCCCCAUCUUUGCCCUAGUUUCUCUGUGAACCCAAUAGAGAGAAAUGCAGGUCUUUUUCCAAAAGUUCAGUUAAAUUCUGAGCUCAUCAUGGUAAUAAUAGUAAAAAAAAAAAAAAACCCAAACCCA